AUGAGCACCCUUUGGUGGUGGGUUCUGCUGGCUGCUCUGGGCUGCGGACACCUGCCUGGAGCUUGGGGGCAGUUUCCCCGGGUCUGCAUGACAGUGGAUAAUCUGAUGUCCAAAAGGUGCUGCCCUCCACUGGGCUUAGACCCGGCCAAUGCUUGCGGUGCUCAGCAGGGCCGGGGCCAGUGUAGGGAAGCACAGGUGGACACCCGACCUUGGAGUGGCCCUUACAUCCUGCGAAACCAGGAUGACCGUGAGCAGUGGCCCAGAAAGUUCUUCCAGUGGACCUGCAGCUGCGUAGGAAACUUUUCUGGCUACAACUGUGGAGACUGCAAGUUUGGCUGGACAGGUUCCAACUGUGAUCAGAGAAAGCCUCCAGUAGUUCGAAGAAAUAUCCAUGCCUUGACCCCUCAAGAGAGGGAACAAUUCCUGGAUGCCUUAGAUCUUGCGAAGAAUACCACACACCCCGACUACGUCAUCACCACGCAACACUGGCUGGGCCUGUUGGGGCCCAAUAGGACCCAGCCGCAGAUCACCAACUGCAGCAUUUAUGAUUUUUUCGUAUGGCUGCAUUAUUAUUCUGUUAGAGACACUCUCUUAGGACCAGGGCGUCCAUACAAGGCUAUUGAUUUCUCCCAUCAAGGACCUGCCUUUGUGACCUGGCACCGUUAUCAUUUGCUGUGGUUGGAAAGAGAUCUCCAGCGACUCACAGGUAAUGAAUCCUUUGCUUUGCCCUAUUGGAACUUCGCCACAGGAAGAAAUGAGUGUGACGUGUGUACAGACCAACUGCUGGGGGCAGCAAGACAAGAUGAUCCGAUGCUGAUUAGUCAGAACUCCAGAUUCUCCAACUGGAAAAUUGUCUGUGAUAGCUUAGAUGACUACAACCAACGAGUCACGCUGUGUAAUGGGACCUAUGAGGGUCUGCUAAGAAGAAGCCAAAUGGGAAGAAAUGGUGAGAAAUUGCCAACUUUAAAAGACAUACAAGACUGUCUGUCUCUCCAGAAGUUUGACAACCCUCCUUUCUUCCAGAACUCCACCUUUAGCUUCCGGAAUGCUCUAGAAGGAUUUGAUAAAGUGGAUGGGACCCUGGACUCCCCAGUGAUGAGCCUUCAUAACUUGGUCCACUCCUUCUUGAAUGGGACAAAUGCUUUGCCGCACUCUGCUGCCAAUGAUCCUAUAUUUGUGGUACUUCAUUCCUUUACUGAUGCCGUUUUUGAUGAAUGGAUGAAAAGAUUUAAUCCUUCAGCAAAUGCCUGGCCUCAGGAACUGGCACCCAUUGGUCACAACCGGCUGUACAACAUGGUACCUUUCUUCCCUCCAGUGACCAACGAGGAAUUCUUUUUAACCGCAGACCAACUUGGCUAUAGCUAUGCCCUUGACCUGCCAGUGGCUGCAGAGACGACAGGCUGGGCUGCAGCAGUCUCGGUGGCGGUGGGAGUUCUGGUGGCUCUGGCUAGUCUGGUGCUGCUGCUGCUUUUCCUUCAGUCCAGAAGACGGGCCAGAGACUUCACGCCCCUCUUGGAAACCCAGCUCAGCAGCAAGAGCUACACAGAGGAAAUCUAG